UUGAAAAUAGGCACAUCUAUAAGCUAGUUUUCAUUGGGUAGUGAAAAGAAAGGUUUCUCAUUUGCGCACCGGAAAAGUAAAGGGAGAGGAAGAAACAGAGCCUCGGACCACCCGCGGCAAGGUGAAGAUGAUGUCCGGCGGUGGCUACACAACCAUCGACAACCAGAAAGUCUCCGGAUCUGUACCGGCGGUUUCCGGCCCGGACCACGUCGCUGUUAAGUUCACAGAGUCUAACCUAAAUACUUUUCCGCCCUCCGAAGCGAAGGGCAAGAUUACAUGCGUUUUCAAGCCACCGAUCGAUGCAGAUGAUACGUUCUCGAAACCGGCUGAUGGGAUUUCCGAGGAUACCCAGACUGGGUGGAUGCGAAAGUUCAUGGUGUCUGCUUACAAGCCCUAUUUCGAUGUUGAUACUUCGGAUGUGUUGGAUAGGAUUAAAGAAUCACUUUUCCCAUUUAAGGCGAGCUUUACAGAGACGACGGGAAACAAUCCGGAUUUGUAUGGGCCAUUUUGGAUAUGCACAACUUUAAUAUUUAUAGCAGCUUCAAUAGGGACUUUCGUCACGUACUUGGCACACAAGUUUCAGAAAAAGGAAUGGGAUUAUGACAUUAAUUUGGUCACAUGGUCUGCUGGUUUAUUCUAUGGUUAUGUCACCUUUGUUCCUCUUGGAUUAUACAUUAUUCUCAAGUACUUCUCAGCACCUCUAGGACUUGUGCAACUUUGGUGCCUAUAUGGAUACUCCUUGUUUGUAUUCAUUCCAGCAUUG